CAUUAUCUAUCAGCGAUGUGUGGCGGCGACGAUCACGGCAACGACGUUGUCGUUCAUACAUUUGGCUGAAAGCAAAGAUCGUGUUAGCAAAAACGAAAAAAUUGUUGAAGUCCACCCAAACAUGUUGGAAUCAGUGGAGCAAGAAAAAAGUGAUUUAGUAAAGCGAAAAACUAAAUUUAGCCAGUGUUACGGAAAGAAAAUUAGCUAGAAUUAAAACUAUUUACAAUAUUUUUGAGUUUAAAGCCGCGUCGGAAAAUAGUGAUCGACCAUAGUGGAGGAUUAAUCGUUAAGAGUGUCUAUUGAAAAGACAUUUUUAAUAAAAACGAAGAUGGUCUUGGCGUUUUCAAUUUGGGCGCUGCUAUAUAACCUGAUGCAACGCACAGAGAUAAGCUACAAUUUGCACCCGCGUCUUCAGAAGUGUACCUGCUAAUCAUAAAAUUAGCAAGAGAGUGAAAGUACAUAAUGGCGGCUGAUGGUUUUGGAUCCGUAUGGAGGAUGUUUACUGAUGGAAACGAUGAAACAUAUUUUAUAAGACGUUUGGAUUAUGAUGACCACAGCCAAGCUUUGGAAAUAAUACAGAGUGAAAUGUACUGUAAUCCCAUAUUUAACGCAAUAAAUUUCAGAUCCGAUGCUAUGUAUCCCGAAGAAUGCUCGAUCGCGAUGUUUAUGGCUAACCAUAUGAAGCAAAAUCGAAAUACAGUAUUUGGUUGUUAUUUGGGACGUACAAACUGUCUAGUGGGCAUUGAUAUGAUGUACAAACAUAAUAUUAACGCGCCACCGAAGAAGAUUAGUGGCAACGCUUGCCAACACUAUUUGAAGUUCGUAAAGUUUGUUGAAAGGAAUUUAAGAUAUGGCGGUGCUACAAAAAGGGUCAGCUUCCUGACUUCCCUCGGCAUGUUUCUAAAACCAAAAUACAGGAAUGCCGGAUUCGAAGAACAUAUGCUUACAGUACGAUUAAUGUAUGCAAAGAAAUAUAGAAUAAGAUUCAUCGGCGGAGCGUUUUCUGGCGAGAGCAUCCAAAGGAUUGCAUACAAAUUGAAAUUCAGAGAUCUGAAACCUAGUAAGGUUGAAAUUACGGAGGAAAAUGCUGAAGAGAACGACUUGGGCUAUCUUUGUGGUGCUGGGAUAUUGCCGAUUAAACUGUUGGCCGCUACUAAAGUGUACAGGAAUGAAGAUUGGAGCCCUAUUCGCCGCCAACGUCGCCGUUGCCAGGUGACAGAACCUGCGUCCCAAGCUCCAUCCACGAGUUACUCAAGCGCAUCUGAUCUAUUCAGCCAGUCGCACUUUCAUUAACGGAAAAAAAUGACCAGAUAAAGUGGAACAAAAAAACAAAAUCGUUUGCAAGCGUUAUUAUUAAGAAAUUACUUUAAUUCUAAAAGUAAGCUUGUCUAUGCAAGAUGAAAAGAAAAAAAAACGGAUAAAAAUAAUAAAAUUAUUUAAGAA